AUGGAGGGGCAGUGCGAGGCGGGCAAGGGAGCUGGCCGCGUGGACAGCACCGAACGUGUCUUCUCUAUCGCACACUCUUUUGUCUCGCACUUGUCGUCUAUGCCGCCCGCAGAAGAGCCACUGUCUCGCCUUGGGGAUCGUGACACGCCCAUCUUUUACUCGCACCAGUCCGCUGGCUAA